AUGCCUUCACCACGGAUGACGACGAGGGCAAUUGACAGCAUUGGCGCCCUGGACCAGCCAAUCUACACCUUGACAAAAUGCUUCUGCCUGUGGAAGAUGAUCCUGCUGCUGGUCGUCCUCGCUAGCCCAGGAUUAGGAUACGACACGUCAACGGCACUGCUUCUUUCCCCCGAAGGAGAACAUGUCCGUCACUCAGCAGGAAGCGUGGCCUGGAUGAUAUCCCGUGUUGGAUACCGGCUGGCGAGAUGGGACUCGAUUUACUUCUUGAAACUCGCGCAGAGAGGGUAUGUGUUUGAGCAGGAAUGGGCGUUUGGAUAUGGAUAUACGAGGUUCCUAUCAUUUUUACUUCCUGGAUCCUUAAAGAGCCUACAACAUCUUGCUGUGGCUGGGGUUAUUCUCUCUCAUCUAUGCCAUUAUCUAUCAGUCCUGGUGCUUUACAAGCUCUCACAGGCCACCUUCAAGAGUGAUAGAAGUAAUUCCAAUGCAUUGCCCUUCCUGGCAUCGGCACUACAUAUCAUCACUCCUGCUGGGGCUUUCCUCUCUGCACCCAACGGAGAAGCACCAUUUUCGUUUCUUAACUUUCUAGGUUACUAUACCUUUAUUACAGGGCUCAACGAUGAGCGUCAAGGCAGCUAUUGUCUACGUGACCUGAAGCUCCUGUCUGCAGGAGCACUCUUUGCCGCUGCUACCACUGUACGGAGCAAUGGGUUGCUCAGCGGCCUGCUGUUCGUCUACGAUGCGGUGUUUGGACUGCAGCAGAUAAUCACACACGGCUUGUCGUGGCAUGUCCUGCGACGUCUCGCCAUGGGGUCGUUGGGCCGCAAUAUGUGGCAUAUAAGGACUUUUGCCUGGCAGAAGACCCGCGUCCGUGGUGCAAUCGUCUAUUUCCAAGUAUCUACACAUGGGUUCAGUCCUGUUACUGCGACUCCUAUGAUAUGUGCACUAGUGUAUUCAGGUGUACGAGCAUGGGCGAGACUGCUACCGAUUAUCACUGCACCAGGAGUAGAAAAGACAGACUCUAACUUAAGCUACAGUGUAAGCUAUGAGGCCAGGCUUGCCUUGCCCCAGGUCGUGCUCGCUGUUCUAGCCGUCACCCACUAUCACAUCCAAAUAGUCAACCGGAUAUCGUCAGGCUACCCGCUGUGGUACUGGUUUCUGGCUUCGUGCUUGGUGCGGGAGAAGAGAAGCUCCUCCAUCCUGCCUCCAUGGAUCACCUGUCACGCAAUACUGCGUGUGAUGAUAAUCCAUGUAUCUAUCAUUAAAUAA